CUCGCAGGGAAUUCGACCGAUCGCUGCCUCGUGGCUACUGAACAAGUGAUAUACCCGACGCCCAUAAAUGGUUAUCCAAGUUUCCCCGACACAUUCCUUGACCGAUUCUGAGCUAAGUAUGCCUCUAGCCACUCCUUCUACAGGAGGCACAGUCCCAGUUCUAUUCGCAACAUGUCAAUACGGGGUUCCCAUAUGGCACAUUGACAGUCUCUUAGGGCUCUCAUCCCAGACGUGCUGCCCUAAAUUUUUACUUUCUACUAAAAUGAAGAACACUAUAUCUAUAUCACUGCCGUUGUGAUCGAGACUACCACAUUUGCAGAAUGCCAGCCUUGUUGCUGCUACUGCCUGCCACCGAUCCUGCCAGCCUCAGCAGUAAAGAGCACCUCGAUCUCCUUUUUGUUAUAAUUUUUAUCAUGCCCUUUACAGCGUUGCCGGUCUUCGCAUUUCUUGCCGCUGCCACGGCUGGCUUUGCAGCCGAGCCCAAUGACUGGAUCAAUGUUAAUUACAUCUUGCAACAAGCAGGAGGCGGGUCCUCUUUUACAUCAUUCUCACAAAAGACUAUCAUAAGCAAAGCAGGAAGCACCGCGAAAGAUGGUCCAUGGACAAUCAUGUCGAAAACUGGCGUCAAGCCUCCGAGUGGAGAUGUCCAUGACUAUUUAAGCUGGGCACCCUACCAUUGGCCGGAUUGCAACUGGUGUACUAAGGGCACCAAGCAGAUUGCCAAUCCGAAUGCCACAUCUGGAGAGCCGGAUGACGGUGCAGGCGAUGUCCCUGAGGAAGAUGCCCCAGACGACUCAGCGCAUGAAGAAAGUCUCGAUUUCGGAGAGAUUUUCCCCGACUAUUUCGUGAAUACCCAGCAGAAUGUCGCGCGCACCGACCACCGGAUGAGGCGAGUUAAGCGUGCAACAUCAAUUUGCUAUGACCUUCGCGACGUCGAUCUUCCCCUACCCAUCGUCGAUGAUCCACCUCCGCCUGAGCCUGCGUUGACCCCGCCUUUUGCUGUGCCUACCUCACAGCCUACUCAGGGUACGACGAGGACAAACAAGCCAGUUGCAGGUACGCCAUCUCCCGCCCAAGCAGCCGCUAAGGGGAAAGAGAAGGAUACUAAGGCUGCGUGCACACCUUCGCCCACAAAGAGUUUAGCACCGAGUGCUACUUGGACAACAUGUCCUUACGUUGUCCGUGAUGGAAAAGUCAAUCCCGAUGUGCGCACCCUCCCGGGCUCGAGCGCUGCUCAGGAUAUGCCGGAAUCGGUGCUCUUUAAUGCUCUUACAUAUGCUUUCUCCAAGUCCGGUACGACUUCGCAGAACGUCGGGAAGUUUGUCGACGCUUUUUUCCUCACCUCUUCCACCGCCAUGCACCCAAAUCUGAACUUUGGUCAACUCGUACGUGGUCCUGGUAAAGACCAUCAAAUCGGGACCUUCACCGGACCAUUGGACAUGCGUGGUCUUGUCAAAGUCGUAAACGCGAUUCAAUUGAUGAAGGCUCUGAAGGGUCCCGACUGGACAUCUGCAAGGGACCAAGCUUUAAUGAGUUGGAUGAAGACAUAUAUCGGCUGGUUGCAGAAUAGCGACCUCGGAAAGGAGGUAGCGGGUAAAGCCAAUAAUCAUUUGUCCUUCUAUGUCAGUCAGCUCUCUGCUGCCCAAGUCUUUGUUGGUGACAGCAAGGGAGCGACCAACACUAUCCAGAAUUAUUUCAUGAAGCAAUUCAAGGAUCAGAUUGCUCAGUCUGGCGAGCAGCCCUUUGAAGCCGUCCGAACACGACCAUAUCAUUACCGUGCCUUCAACUUGGAAGCGAUGAUUACGAAUGCGAAGAUUGCAGACCAACUUGGCGUCAAUGUGUGGACAACGAAGUCAAAAUACGGUGCCACCAUCCAAACAGCUUUGGACUAUGCCAUGGCACAGGAUCCUGACGGUGAGGACGUCACCGAUAUCCUCCCACACGUCGCCGCCGUCGCCGCCGCUUACGGCGAUCCGAAAGGAAAGUACAAUGCAUUUUUAAAGAAGCAGAAUAGCAACUAUAAAAGCGAGAGCUACUGGUUCUAUGACCAAACAGCGGCACUCCCGAACUCACCUGCGGCUGGGAAGCAGAAACGAGCGAUCGAUGGCAAUGAAGACGUGCCAACCUCUUCUGCAAAUGACACGUCGAAAGCUGCAGGGGAUACGGUGGCUUCAGAAACAAAGAUCAUUCCGUUCGAGUGUCCUGACGUGUUUUCAGAUGCGAAGAAGGUGGAGAUUGAGGACGGCUUGUUUGUGACUUGCGACGAGUUGGCCCCAUAUUACAAACUUCCUGCGUUGUCAGAUAUAUAGCCUUCUUAGGGUAGAGUUUGUUGUGUAUCUGGUUCCCCUGGGCACGCAAUUGCAAACGAUUGACAUUUGACCUACC